CAUUAGUAGCUGUUGUUGUUGUCGUUGUCGUUGUUGUUUGCUCGUGGAAUACGUUGCGGCACUAUGCUUACCUGGUGACAAGGUACAAUUCCACAAACUAGCAGAAUCGUUGGAUCGUAGCACGUUACGUGCACCGGCCGUCAUACUUCUUGGCUUAUUCUCGACAUUAUUUGCUGCCAUUUUGUUGUUGCGUUUAGUUAAUGUGGUGAACUUGACAGGAAAAGAGAAAAAUGAAAAUUAAAAAGAAAGAGAGGCGGACGCGUUCGCGUUUUGUUCCUCCCAUUUUGUUCCGCUCACGCGACACAACGUGUCGUCUUCCUCUCUCUCUCUUUCACACAUACAAGCUAACUGCUGGCAUAAUGGCUUUACGACGAUUUCCACUCAUGACACCAGUCGAUGAAGAAGCAAAAGUUUUUCGAGGAUUUCUGCCCGUUCACAGUGUUGAGUACCUUAUUCAAGUACACUUACCUGGAAACAGUGCUGGAGCCCAAGUAUAUGGUGGCGCUGAACUAAAGCACAUGCUUCGAGAAAUGGACGAACAGAAACUGAUAAAUCGGCUCAACCAGUGUGACGAAAUCACGUUAUUUCUUUCUGAACUCAAGGCUAUGCUCGAAGAACAUGAAACGUUCAAAAAGAGCAAAAACGGAUUGAACUUUUCGGCAACCAAGCGAUACAAAGAACUCAUGGGCGAGCUAAAACAGAUUGGUUUUGACAAAGUAUCUCACAUCAACGAGGCGAUGGACCAUAUUACGUUCAAAUUGCAAGAUCAAAACGGCCGAGUACACAACGUAAAGACACAUAUUCCACCCGGUUAUCCACUAACACCACUCAAAUUGAUAUUGGACGGACCUAGUAGCAAUGGCAGUAGCAGUAAUAGCAUGAACGAGGGCCGUGACAGCAAUAAAGAUACGACCUUGACAACGACGACAACCCACUCUACAUUGCAUGCUGCCAUUCUAUACUAUUACGAUUGGAUCGAGACCUUUCGCGACUAUUUCGUAUGUGUGGACGAACUGGAUCAGCAUGUACGUGUGUUGGAUCCAGAUCAACCUACUGGCAAAGACGCCUGGCGACGCGUUGCCCUCAAGGGCCAUUGCUCGCUUCAUUUGGAACUCGAUCCGAAAUUUCCGCGCGCUGGACUAAAGGCAAUGCGAUUCUAUGGAAGUGAAAAGAAUAUGAAAACGCUUCAGCAAUUGUGGGAAAGCCAAGCCGAACAAUGGAGCAGAGCUGAUACACCUUAUAAGAACCUGUCGCGCAUAUUUGGCGAUCGUAUGAUGACGAAGGUUUCCAACUCACAUCACCAUCAGCAGGAUACGUCGUUUGACGUGGAAUGUGCCAUUUGCUAUGCAUACAAGCUUGAACAUCCUGACCUUGGACUGUUAACACCCGAUGUGAUCUGUAUCAACGAUCAAUGCAACCGUGGAUUUCAUCCUACCUGUAUCUCUGAGUGGUUACGAUCUAAUCCAACGACUACGCGAAGCUUCAACAUUCUUUUCGGAAAAUGUCCAUACUGUAGCGAGAAAAUAACCACAAAAGAGAUUCUAUAAAGCACAAAUUUCGUCGUAUGCUGGUGGAGGAACGGCAGACGGAGGAGUGGCAGUAGAUGUAGGAGUUCCCAUCAUCAACAAAUGGCUUGUAUUGGUAUCAGGAACCGACAAUAACGACGACGUUGAUGCUGGUGACGAGCUGUAUUCUUCAUACGGCGGCAAAGUCUGCCAGUAACCUUGGAACGUUUCGUCAGAUGAGG